AUGGUCAUUGUACGGCUCUGGCCACUUGUGGCUUUUUUUGCUGGCCUAGCAGUGCACUGGUUGGCGACGCGACAGAGCCUUCCCCCAGGUUUAUGUGGCAUCGGAAGCUCCGGUCGCAGCGCGAAGAACGUGAAAGAAGCAGGAGUGGCAGGAGCAGGUGGCGAGCAGCUUGUUCAGGAGGAGCUGGGGAAGGUCUUGGUUCAGUCCUGGAAGCUGGCUUGCCAGUAUUUGGUACAUCUCCAUUUGUUGCCAUUCUUUGCGAGCAUCUAUGAUUAUCAGCGCAGGCGAAAUUGGAUGUCGUUGUGCUUUAUGGUCUCCUGCCUUUUGAACUACGUAGCUUUCCUAGUCUCGGCUUGGCAGUCCUUCACGCUGACCCCGCGCCGCGCCAACUUUCUGUGUUCUGUUGUCUAUUCAAACGUGCUCGUUGCUUUGAUUUGCAGCUCUUGGGAGACGAAGGAAGACUUCUUGGCACAGAGGGAUCUGUUCAUGAUGGCGCAGAUCAUCCUUUCCGUUGUAUAUCCACAGCGCGCGCUCGCCACUGGCUUUGCCGUUUGCUUCUUGAUCGGGUAUGUGUGGACAACGUGGCGCGCGUGUGGUGAUCAAGCUUUGACUCUGUGGUUUGGUGUCUUCCAAGUCUUUCAGGCCGUAGUGACUAUGCUCUUCCCUGUUGUCAACGAGACGAUGAACCGGGAGUGCAUCAUGGCCGUCGUCAGCGCUCAGGAUUCAGAAUCUCUCGUGACAGCCUUCCGCCGCAUGCUGAAAGGUGUGUGUGAGGGAGAUGUACUGCUGGACUCGGAUUUGACAAUUUGCGAAAAUGCUGAUUGCCUUAACAGGCUGCUGCAGAGAGCCGACAUGUUAGGCCAGAGCUUUUCCAACCUUAUCAUCCAGGAUGAGGAUCCCAUCAAGACUUUCACAAAGUUUGUGGAAGACUCCGCUGACAUGCCAAACAGCGUGUCAAGUCUUCCGCAGGGCCUUCGUGUCUCCCUUAAGGGAGCGCACAGACGAGUUGCUGUAGAUGUCUUUCAUGUUGCUCUUCCCAAGGCCCUAGGUCUGUCCUCUGCGCGCCACCUUCUGGCAUUAGUGCAGGAUGCAGAUACUCAGCCUCACAUGGCCGAAAUGGACGAGACUCCAGAUCGCCAGCAGUCUGAGGAAAGUGGUUCAACAUCAGAAGCUUCUUCGUGCGCUGAAGCGGUCCAAGCAUUUGAGGAGUUGUCCCAGCUUACGCUGCUGCUCAAUGUCAGCACGGACCUCAUGGACGUGGAGGAGGUGUAUAUGCGCUUCGCUCGACAAACGGACGCGGAACAGGUCAAGUAUUCAAUGCCCACUCUAAAGAGAUUUGUGCGCCCACUGGACUGGUUUGCUUUAGAAAGGCAGUUGCGAGUGUUUGCUGAUUCAGCAGCACGAGCCCUUCCAAAGCCCAAGAAGCUCCCGCCGCUGAUGCUACGCAUCCCUGGUGACUCGGCGAGUUUCCUUAGCGCAAGGACCGUGUCAGUGAAGUCCAUCUUCACCGGCCCGCGACCAUCUGGGCAGCCUGCCUGGGUGCAUCUUACGUUGAGCAGCUUCAAUGAAGAGCCCCUGGGUCGGCCUGAGGUAAUGGACAUCGUCGAGGAGAAUAGCGCAGAGAGCUCCUCAGCCGGCACCGAGAAGCAAAAAGGGGCAAUGUCGAAGACGAUUGCACAAGAGACGGAGGAGGACCAGAAGAGCUAUGAUAAGCUCCAGUGCUGGUGCGCUGCUGAGAAGAAAGAAAAGACAGACACCAUCGACCAAGGGGUGGCAAAGACUGCCGAGAUUGAGUCGUCCCUCGACAGCUUGUCUGCAUCUCGUGUGCAACUGGAGACUCACAUCAAGGACCUGCAGCAGCAAGUUGCUGAUGGACAAAAGGCCAUGGAGAAGGCUGCCGGCGUGCGAAAGGACGAGAAAGAGAAGUUCGAUAGUUAUGAAUCCGACACUGCCACCUACCUGGUGAGCUUGAAGGCGGCUAUCGGAGUGCUGACAAAGAAGACUGGGCAGACGGCGCUGCCUCAGAUGUCUGCCUUCAUGCAAAUGUUCUCCCAUGCGAGUCCCACCACCAUGACGCCGGAGCUUGGCGGGGAGUCAGAGGUCUCUGAUGUCACGUCACCUUUCUCCGACCUCUGGGGCGACUCGAGGGACGAGGCCAGCGGCGGGGCUGUCGAGAUGACGGAGAGGAGACUCCGAGGAAGCCCAGACCCGUCUGCCGGUCCUGAUGGCUGGUCCGCAGACGAAGAGGCCCUCGUGAAUCGGGGCCUGGGAGCCGCGAUGUCCUUUGCGCAGUCGGGACGAAGCCUCGAGAUCUACAGCCCCGGAUCGACUGGCGAGCUCAUCGGCAUGUUCCAGCAGAUGAUGUCAACCAUGGAGGCAGAUCUGAAGGAUGCUCGGACGAAGGAAGCUCAGGCGGUCCAGGAGUUUGAGGAGCUUCGUUUGGCCCGGCUAGAGGAGAUCCAUCAGGCAGCCGGCAGGGUGGACGUCAAGAAGAAGGAGAGGGCACACGCCAGCGAGGCGAUCGCCCUCGCCAAAUCAGACAAGAAGCAGCUGGGCAAGGUGGUUGCAACCAGCAGGGAGGCUUUGGCGACGGUUUCCAAGCGCUGUGAGGACGCAGAGCAUGGGUACCGGGAUCGCACAGGGGCACGGCAUCAGGAGGAUGCUGCUAUUGCCGAGGCCAUCCAGGUCUUGACAGACGGUCCCUCAACAGUGGUAAGCUUCCUACAGUUAGCCAGCACACGCACAAAGGCAGGGGCGCGCGCGAUGGCCACCAGGACCUUGCGCGAGGCUGUGACAGCGACACUCGGAACGGAGACCUCCCGCUCCCUUGAAGACCUUGCUGUAGCAGCGGAGAGCGACUCCUUCAGUAAGGUGAGAGAUGCCAUUGAUGGCAUGAUCCGAGAGCUGAAGCAGCAGCAGCAGUUGGAUGCCAAGAAAAAAAACUGGUGCAAGCAGGAGUUCUUUGAGAACGAGCGCGCCGCCAGGGCUGCAGCAGAUCAUCAGACUUCUCUGGAGCUCCAGGCAUCGCAGAUGUCCUCGGACAUCAAGACUCUGCAAGGAGACCUGGACCAAACUGCUACGAAGCGAGAGCAGCUGAAGCAGCAGUUGCAGACAGCGGGGGAGGAGCGCAAGCAGGAACAGUCGGCUUUCCAGAAGACGCAGUGGGAUCAGCAGAUGACCAUCCGCGCCCUCAAACAGGCCUUCCGGAAGCUCUCCGGGAUCUACGGGAGUUCAUCCUUCCUGCAGGCGCCACCGCAGGCAGCUGGCUACAAAAAGAACCAGAUGGGGGGCACCGUCCUGCAGCUACUGCAGACGCUCAUAGUGGAUGCGAGGGCGCUGGUGGACAAAGCUGCGACUGCGGAGAACCAAGCAGAGGCCAGCUAUGGUCGCUUCGUCGAGGAGACGAAGGCAAUGCUCGAGUCGCUGCAGACAGACAUCAUUGCCAAGUCGCGGGCGAUCGCGACAGCCAAGAAAGAUCUUCUCCGAAGCGGGCAAGAUGUGAGGUUGAACGCACAGGAGCAGAGCGACCUGGCAACGCAGAAAGCCAACCUCAAGGCCCAGUGCAACUCCCUGAUUGAGGGCUUCGACCAGAUCAGCGGCAAGAGGCAGGCUGAGAUCGAGGCGCUGACGCAGUCCAAGGCGGCGCUGGUGGACUGA